AUGAAGUAAUCAAUUUUAAUUGAUUUAAGAAGAUAACCAAUAGACUAUAUUCAUGCAAAUAUAAAUGAAUUACUUAAUAUUCAGAUAGCAUUGAGUGGCUAUGGUAGUAAAUUGAAUUAAUAGCAUUGCAAUCAAAUGAAUGGACUAAAGAUUAGAUAAUUAAAUUAUAAUAAUUAAAACAAUAUCCUUUAUGAUGCCACAAAAAGCAGUGGAAAAAAAAUACAUUUUUAAAAGAAGUUUAUCAGUUCAAGUGCAAGAAGUAGUAAAGCUGUUAGCCCAGCAACAAUGGAAAAAGGAUCGCCAAAAUUAAAUAUUUCGUUAUCUCGGGUCGCAUAGCAUGAUAAAUCAUAACUUAACUUGAACAACAGCAUAUAGGCGUCGCCUGUAGUUCAAUCAUUAAAUCGUAAGAAUCUAGUGAUGCACAUUGAAAAUUGCUCUCGCAGCGUCUAGUUACUUGGCUCACCAUUAAAAAGGGUAAUUCAAAAUUUGUAUUAAUAUUGCAUAAAUUGA